ACGUCGGGUUGUCCGGUCACGUUUCCCUUUCCGGAAGCCGUUGUUUGUUGUUCAAAGCGGUCGUGUUUUUUGGGAGUGUGGGUUUGUUUUCUCAGCGGAUUCGGCGUCUGUGGUGGCGAACCCGUCAGCGGUCGAAUCGUUUGUCAUUGGCGGAGAUUAUCACACUUGGACGUGGGAUCGCCGGCGAGAAACGGUCGAGACGGGAGUCCCCAAAUUAGGGAGAAGUUUCGUGCAGUUGUUUUUGGUAUCCUGCUUGCCGCGGUGGGUGAAUGAGUGUGUAAUUAAAAAUCGGCAGUAUACCAGCUGGGUGCCGGUGGAAGGAGAGCUUUUGUUAUGCGAGUGUGAUUCCGCAAAAGGGUAAACGAGUGCUAUUUCUGUGAUUGAUGGCAACUGGAAGCCAGUGUAGUAGAUAUCGAUAAUUUGAGUGGGAAAAGUGUAAUCAGACCACUGUGUUCGUCAACUUGUUCGUGGGUAGGCAAGGACGAAAAUUGGAUUACGGGUUUCGGAACAGAUUGAUCAUUCAAGCAUAGAGUUCAAGGAAUACAAAUUAAUUCAAACAAAUUGAGAAAACAACACUCCAUCGCCAAUUUCAACGAUUUUUGGAAUGCGUAAACGAGUCACCCUACCGACUACCCGAGAAGGAUAAGCAAGCUGAUUAGUGGUAUAAUUUCGGAAAUUGGAGAUUAUUUUUCUAUCCUCAGUGCAAAAGCAUCCCAGCAAAGAAAAUAAGAGCGCAAAAGUGGUGGCAAAAAUGUGUGCCGAGUGUUGGCUGGUGAUGGUAUUUCCGUUGGUGCUGUCACUAUUUGUGGUGACUGUUUACGGUGGUUCUUGUAGAGAAGCCACACUUUGCUGCAAUGGGCGAGAUUCCUCUUGUGUGGUGCAAAAAACGCUCUCAAACACCAUGGCAUCGGAUUUGAACGUGAAACCAUGCUACUGCGAUCAUGCCUGCCUGAAGCUGGGCGAUUGCUGCGCUGAUUUCAAGGCAUACUGCGGAGUGAUCGAUUGCGUUGUCAGCGAGUGGGGCCAAUGGAACGAGUGCGACACAUCCUGUGGCCCCGGAAUGACGUCCCGCAACCGAACUGUUCGACAAAAACCGCAAAACGGUGGCAAACACUGUCCUUCGCUGGUGCAGAAACGGGGCUGCCAAGGAACGGACUGCCAUUCGACCAAGAACCGAGCGGCGUUGCUUCAGGAAACGGCUUUGCUCCUACCGGUGGCGACCUUAUCUACGAGCAGCCACAAAAACAACACAACCUCGGCCGGAAGUAGCAGCGGUGGGGAAAUCCAACGGUUGCGAAGUCUGCAAAACACCUCCCACGAACAUAAACCAACGACGACAGAUGGAUACUGCAUCGCAUUCCUGAUCAUGAAAGUGACUAAACAGUGCCACAAGGACCCGAACUACAAGACCCUACUCGAAGGCGACCGCAUUGUUGUUCAUUGUGAUUUGCGGCCUUCUUCCAGCCCGAAUGGCACAUCAACCGAACAGGACCCUCACGAGAACUCCAUUCCAGACGAGUCUAACGAGGAGAACGACGACGACGAUGAUGAUGAUGAAAAUGGAAAUACUAACAUAGAUGAUUACGAUCGGAGUUUUCAGAAACAUCCCAGAAGCAGAAAAGCUCCACAGCGAACGAUACCGGACCGUUGCCUUGGAGAGGGUUUUACCGGUCGGAAUACGCGGUUUGCCUCUCUGGUCACGCCAACGUGCCAUGGAAAGUGGCUUAGGUUAACGGGAGUCGUUCCGAAAAAGUGCUCCUCCAGCGAGGCGCAGUUUAUCUUCGUCUAAAACAUAUCCUGCAAACACCUUUGGGACGAUGAGCAUCGAGGAAUAUAGCAUGGUAACCAGCAGUGUGAUAUCGGCUUUCUGAGAGGGGUGGGCUCUCUGUGCCACAAACCAGUCAUUGUAGUCAUGCCACAGACAAACAAACGAAACAGCUAGAACAAUUAUGUAUUUAUGGUAGUAAUGUAAAACGGGAUAACUUUGAUAUUGUUUUCGAAGAAAAUUAGAUAAUGUCUGUGUUCUGUGUGAAACAUUUUUAUUUUAUAUUUUUAUAACGAGUAAUGGUAUCAUUUGCAUAAGGUGCAUACUUAAUACUUUCAUAUACACUCCGACCUCUUUUAACGAUCGUUAUGCUGACCAUAAAAGGAUGACUGUCCCAUAACUUUCGAAUCUCAUGGCUUUAAUAAUGAUAGCUCUUGAGAUAUUGAUAACAAGAUUUUUGGAUACGCCAUCAUUCUUAGUAGUCAGAAUCGCACUCCAAAAGUUUCAUGCUCCUUUCUCCCGGCAAUCCAAUCUAGAUAUCGAUUGAUUCUCAUGUUUCGACAUUGAAUUAAACAUAAAUCAAUAGUUUAUGGAACUCAAAUCAGUAUAUUUCGAAUAAAAUCGAAUAAAUUACGCUAAGUUUAGAGGGCAUUGCAUGUUCCUAAGCGUUAUAUGGGAAUUUGUGACUUAAAUAACAAUGAUGGUAUUGAAUUUGUUAAAAUUCUUUUCGCUAAGAGAUUUGAGAUUGAAUUCCCGUUUUACGUUAACUAUGCUGUUAAAGAUACCGCAUUGUCAAAGAUACCCCGGUUAAUGGCACUAUGAUCAUUAACGCCCAAUGCUAAACAUACUGUUUUUGGCCAUCCAGGAACUAGAUGACGAUAGUACACAAACGUCAAACUUGAACAAAAGCGAUACUAGCGCCAUUAUUGAGCAGAUGACCAACUACCUAAUAUUAUAAUUGAGUGCUAUUUUGCAAUUAAAUUGAUUCGACUGUAAUAUCUGUUUGUCUGUGUUCAAACUGCAUAUCACCGACGACAAUAUGGUUUUACCGCCAAGAGCAGCACUGUGGUACCGGCGUAUGGAGAAUUAACUUCAUCAUUUCUUGCCCAUAAACGUAAGCCAUCAUUCGCUGUUAUACGCCUCCAUGCAGAUGAGUGAAUGGGCUGUUGUGAGAAAACAUAAAACAACGGGAAAGCUCAGAUCAGUCAACAAAAUUCAACCGACAUAAAUUAAAAUUAUUUAAGUGCGUGAAACCUUUUCCUAGCGGAUGUGACAGGUAAUAAAAUGUUGUCGUAAAGUGAAGCUUGAAUAAGAUGUAAAUACUUUUCCUCCUUUUUUCUCCAAUGGUGAUAAGAGAUUAACAAUAAAAAAUGUGUACCAAAGUA